AUUCUUUCAUCAUCGCGUCAUUAUGAGUGAAUCGGCACACGAAGAUAGAACCAUUGAACAAUGGAGAAUAAAGAAGUUGAUUAAAAACUUGUCUGAAGCCAGAGGUAACGGUACCUCCAUGAUUUCUUUGAUUAUUCCUCCAAAGGAUCAAAUUGCCAGAGUAACUAAAAUGUUGCAAGAAGAAUAUGGUACCGCUUCAAACAUUAAAAGUAGAGUCAACAGAAUUUCUGUUCAAGAUGCUAUUACUUCUACAAUUCAACGUUUGAAAUUAAUUACCAGAGUUCCUGAAAAUGGUUUGGUUGUUUAUUCCGGUACUGUUCUUACUGAAGACGGUAAGGAAAAGAGAGUUACUUAUGAUAUGGAACCAUUCAAGCCAAUUAAUACUUCAUUGUAUUUGUGUGAUAACAAAUUCCAUGUUGAACCAUUGCAAGAAUUACUUGAAAGUGACGAAAAGUUUGGUUUUAUUAUUAUGGAUGGUAACGGUUGUUUAUAUGGUACUUUAUCAGGAAACACUAGUGUUGUUCUUCAAAAGAUUACUGUCGAUUUGCCAAAGAAGCACGGUCGUGGUGGUCAAUCUGCUUUGCGUUUUGCUAGAUUGCGUUUGGAAAAGAGACACAACUAUGUCAGAAGAUGUGCUGAAUUGUCUGUUCAACACUUUAUUACCAACGAUAGACCAAACGUUUCCGGUCUUAUUCUUGCUGGUUCUGCUGACUUUAAGAGUGAUUUGACAAAGACUGAUUUGCUCGAUCAACGUCUUCAAGCUAUUAUUUUGAAGGUUGUCGAUAUUGCUUAUGGUGGUGAAAUUGGUUUCCAACAAGCUAUUGAAUUGUCUCAAGAUUGUUUGAAGGAAGUCAACUUUAUUCGUGAAAAGAAAAUUAUUGAUGAAUUCUUCACUGAAAUUUCUAAGGAUACUAACAAGUUCGUAUUUGGUGUCAGAGAAACUAUUUCAGCUAUGGAUAUGGGUGCUAUUAAGACUUUGAUUGUUUGGGAAAAUCUUCCACAUCUCAGAGUUAGCGUCAAGCAAACUAAUGGAGAAUUUGUUGUCAAAUACUUGAUGCCAGAAGAUCUCAAGACUGGUAAACAUACUUGUGAUGAAAAUGGUCUUCCUUUGGAAUUUGAACAAAUUACUCUCCUUGAAUGGUUGGUUGAAAACUAUAAGGCUAAGGGUUGUACUUUGGAAAUUAUUACUAACAGUACUCCUGAAGGUUCUCAAUUCUGUAGAGGUUUCGGUGGUAUGGGUGGUAUCUUGACCUAUCCAAUGAAUAUGGAUGAAGUUGCUUAUUAUGAAAAUGAUGAGCACUUGGCUGAAGACCAAUUCAACGAAGAUGACUUCAUUUAAGACCUGGCGGAAUUUAGCAGUGGUUAGAGGAGAGUUACUGCUUAUUCCGUUCGGUCAAAGUUUGUCGCAGUCAUCUUUUUUUCACACAUUUUAUCAUUCUAUUUUCUCAAUUCAUUUUGGAAUGAUAUGUGUCGAUUUUGUGGCGUGCUUGAUCUGGAACUAGAACUUCAAGAUGAAUCGGCACACUUUGAUUGACACUUAGAGUUUUAAAAACUCUUGUACAAAUGGUGUAUACUCCUCAGUCACCUCAAUAAAUAUUUAAAAAA